UUUUUUUUUUUUUUUUUUCUUUACCUGAAUUGUUCUUUUCCCCUCUUUUCUUCCCAACAAACCACCAUUUGCGAAGAGCAGGUCAAGUGAUCAUUGCUCACACGGUGGAAUAUCAAUUCACUAAAUAACAGGCACGCGAGAUUUUAGCUUGGAGGAUUUUGUCAGGGAUAUUUAUCCGGUAACGGCGCAAAGUAUAUUAUAUGGACAACAGACCGGCUUCGGAGUACGCGCAGUCAGACCAGGCAUCUGCUGCUGCUACUGCUCAAUACACGCCCCAGCCUGAGGUGCGCCCCAAUCCUCAAUACACACCGCAACCCGAGGUUCGCCCCGCCGCCAAUAUUUCCUCCUCCAACACGCCGCAGUCAGACUACGGUCUGAAUCAGCCGCCACCAACCGCGCGCUCUCCAGCUUAUCCUGAUUACCUCGCCCGCCCGCCCCAGUACCAUCACGCGCCGAACACACAGGCCGGUGGUGCGGCAGGUAUGGCUCAAGCAACAAAUCCCUCAAUCGCGGCCUCUAGCCCCACCUAUCCUCCUCCCUACUCGCCUUAUCAGCCACAGGGUCAUGACAUGGCCCAGUAUCAAGGUCACCCUCCUCCGCCGCCUCCACAGAUGUAUGCGCGUCCAGAUUGGUCGCAUGGGUAUGGUCAACAUCAGCACGGUCUGCCUGGACCUUAUACCACUCCUGCCACAACGGUUGGUCCCGCCUCCCCUGCUGCGACCGCAGGGCCGCGCCCUGGCCAGGUAUACUCAUUCGUUCCGAUCCCCGGUGCGCAACAGCAUAAGCGACCCCGUCGUCGGUAUGAGGAAAUCGAGCGUAUGUACAAGUGUGGAUGGAAUGGCUGUGAAAAGGCAUAUGGCACACUGAACCACUUGAACGCGCACGUUACCAUGCAGUCUCAUGGAGCCAAGCGAACUCCUGAAGAAUUCAAGGAAAUUCGCAAAGAGUGGAAGGCUCGCAAGAAGGAGGAAGAGGCUCAGCGCAAGGCCGCCGAGGAACGUGAGCGUGCUGCUGCUGCUCAGGCUGCGCAAGCCAACCAAGUUGAUGCCCCUGGCCCUGGCGAUCCGGCGCAGGCCGGUCAACCUCCCGCCUACCCGGGCAGUGUCCGUCCUCAACUGCCCCCGAUCGGGUAUCAGCCCGCUGACGGCCAGGUGCCUGGUCAGUAUGGAGCUCCUGGCGGUGGCAUGGUUUAUCAGGGCAACGGACAGAUGGCCUAUCCUCCAAACUACCCUCACUCGCCUUAUGGCCAAAGCGGUCAAGUAUACCAGCAACUUAUGUUUUUUUGAAUUAGAUCGCUUGACAAAAGGGAGAGAAUCUCCUUUAUCGGGGAACCCCAUCUUUAUUUUUCCCUCGCGAAUACCGGCUAUAGGAUUGUGAUUUGAGAUGUCUGGCGGGGCAAUCUGCAUUAG